UCGAGAGCGAAAAAGGACGAACCCUGCAAUCUUUGGUCCUAUCAAAACCCAUCAACGGAGCGGACCGCGCGAGCAAAACAUUUUUAAAAAUGGUGCAGGCACUGGACGAGUAUGACAUACAGCCGGAUCUGCCGCAGGCGCUACGAUUGCUAGACGAAAUGAACAACAACUUCAAGCAGGUGUCCGAUCUGGUGGGCAAUAUGCUGCAGCGGGUGAAAACUGGCGAGCUAUCGACCGAGUAUGGGCUAAACUUUCUCGAAAUCAAGUACCACAUGCUGCUGAACUAUCUCAUCAAUCUGACGUACGUGGUGCUGCGCAAAUGUUCUGGACACCGAAUCGAGAAGGAUCCAUCGAUCGACCGAUUGAUUGAAAUACGAACCGUGCUGGAAAAGAUCCGACCCAUCGACUACAAGCUACGCUAUCAGAUCGACAAGCUGGUGAAAACGGCAGUGACAGGCAGCAGUACGGGCACCGCCGACCCUACUGCGUUCCGUGCCAACCCGGCCAACCUUAUGUCACAGAUGCCGGCACCGGGUGAGGAAGCCGGCACGGGCAGUACGGCCGCUGGUGAGGGUGGUCCCGAUACAGACGAUGGUGCCGAAUCGGACAGUUCGGCUAUGGUGAUGCUGAAGCUGAAGCGUGCCAAGGAAGCGGCCAAAAAGGGAGGAGCAGCUGGCCGUGGUGACAGUGAGGAGGACGGUGGGGCAGCGCGACGCAGCAAGUCAGACGUGUACGUACCACCGAAACUGACAUCGAUGCCUUACGAGGAAGACACAAAGGCGGAUCGGGCACGAAAGCAGCUGGAGCGAGCAAAAAAGCGUGCCCUCGGCUCGUCACUGAUACAGGAUCUGAAGGACGAGUAUCUGGACACGCCGGUGGAACUGUCGAGCAGUUCCCGUGCGCAGCAAAUACUAUCUCGACGCGAGCGUGAGCGGGAGGAGUAUGAGGAGACGUACCUUACGCGUCUUCCGGUUACGAAAGCAGAUAAACAUCGCAGCAGGAAGCUAACGACGCUUGCUUCAUUGGGUGACGAACUGACCAGCUUCACCGAUAUAAGCGUGCUCAACGAAGACUACCCUUCUACGUCUACGGGUGGUAGCGGUGGCAAAAAACGUAAAGCCGGUAAAGUGAAUAAAAAACACGGUAAGAAACGUCGCUUCCGUUAAGUACAUCCUCGUGGAGGUGGUGCA